AUGGCUGCCGUUAUCACUCUGCAGUCGUCCUCGACGACCGGCACCACCACUCCUGCUGCCUCUUUUCAACAAUCUCCAUCAUCAGACCACCAACUCCUGCGAUCUCGGGUCCAACCUCCAUCGCAGCAAGCUCAAUCCGCGCCAACCGCACCGCCACUCUCGCCCUCCGCCUCCAUUGGUGCCCUACCGCGUGUGCUUCCCGUGCCUGGUCGGGAUGGGUCCAGUUGUGACGCCUGUCUCCGCCGAAAAAGCCGCUGUGCCAUGAACGAAAUGGUCAAGAAAUGUUAUUCGUGCGACUUCCAUCGCCAGGAGUGCACCUUUACCCUCUCCGUGACCACCCGUCCCAAUCCCACCGACACGCCAUCCAAGAAGCGCAAGUUGAAUGAUACCAGCGCUGACGAGGUCGACUCGUCCAAACGACAAGCAACCGCCCCUUCAGCAUCCAACCCGGAUGUCUCUCCCUCCUCACUGAAUCCUCUUCCCCGCAUCACCUCCAGGUACUGGCAUCAACAGACCCAGCAUAUCGGCUUCACCACCGAAUUGGAACCCGCCCUGCUGGAAUUCCUCCCCUUGGAUCAGAACCACGAGGGCUCCGUCGCCUCCUCGCGCGUCCGCAAGUUCGCUGACGACGGGACCUUCAUGCGCGUGGUCAACAAGGUCUCCAACGCGGACUCGCCGCAACCCGCCUCGCUGGAUGCCAUUGAGAGCCUGGUCGCCCCGUAUGGCUCCACCCUGGUCGACAAGUUCUUCGAGCAUGUCCACCCGACCUUCCCCAUCCUCAUGGAGGACACCUUUCGCCAGUCGUACCGCGCUCGACAGGGCCUCUCGCCGCUGCUGCUGGCCUCAGUGUACGUCCUGACCCUGAAGUUCGUCGACAUCGGCCCGGCCAGUCAGUCGGCUCGACGCCCGGAUGCCAGCCGUCUCGAGAGCACCACGCUGCGCCUGCUGUCCGAGUCUCUCCCUUAUGCCUCCAUCUCCACCAUCCAGGCCGGUUUGCUACUGAUGCAGAAAUCCACCUUGGCGACGGCAGCGUUGAACGCUCAGCUCGUCACCGCCGGCUUCGAGUUGGGCCUUCACCAGGACUGCUCGGAAUGGCGGAUGGAUACGUGGGAGAAGGGUCUCCGGAAACGCCUGGCGUGGGCCCUCUACAUGCAGGACAAAUGGACCGCCCUGGUGCACGGUCGCCCGUCACACAUCGUCUCCUCCAACUGGACGGUUCAAGACCUGGUGGAGCAGGAUUUCGUCGAUGCCUUUCCAUCUGCCCCCUCCGAGGAUGCUGUCGGCCACGGGCCCCUCUUCUUUUGCCACAUGGUCGCGCUGACCACCAUCCUCUCCGACAUCCUGGACCGAUUCUACACGCUGCAGGCGAUCAACGAGUUCAAGGCGGCGGGCCAUAACCGCACGCGGCUGAUUCUGGAACGCGCCAAGCCGGCGCAGAUCCGCCUGAAAGAAUGGUUCGGCCGGCUCCCGCCACAGCUCAAGAUGGAUUCCGGCGGCGAGCUCUUCGAGACCAUCACCGAAGACAACGCCCGCAACGGGCCCAUCCAUCUCUUCUACUUCGCCACGGAGAUCACCCUGCACCGAUGCAUCGUGCGGUCUCUGUCCCCCGACACUGCCGACGCCUACCUUUCGCACAUCUGCCGGUCCGCCGCGAAGACACGCCUCAUAUCCGCCAUGGACUUUGUCAACCGCCUGCGGGUGCCGCAUCUGCGGUCGUUCUGGCCGGCGGCAUCGCGCACCAACUUCGCGCUCAUCGGCACGUUCGGCGUGCUCCUUCGCGUCACCGCCCCGACCAAGGAAGAAGCCGAAUUCUAUCGCCUCCGACUCUGCGAGUACCGCUGGACGCUGAGCGUCAGCAUGAAGAACGCCGAGUUCCUAGGCUUUGCCCUCGAGUCGCUCGACAACGCCACCAACCUCGACUACCACGUCCCGGAGAAACCGGGCAUCGACGAGCUGAUGACCAGCUCCGCCAAGCCGACCACCACGACGCACCCGCGCGUCACCGCCGGCGCGGAGGACUCGAUCCUGGAAAUUGAGCCGCAGGAUGUCGCGGGCGGGACCUCGUCGGUCAUUUCGGGAUUGGCGUCUCCGGCCACGUCGAUUAGCGAGGAGAGCAUGCAAGAUGCCUCCAUUCCUCUCUGA